AUGGCCGACGAUAACUACACGAAAGAUGGAACUGUGGACUAUCUUGACCGUCCGGCUAACCGGAAGAAAACCGGGACGUGGAAGGCCUGCCCCUUCAUCCUCGGGAACGAAUGCUGCGAAAGGCUAGCGUACUACGGUAUGAGCUCGAAUCUGGUCGUCUACUUCACGAAACAGCUCAACCAGCACAAGACAACCGCCUCGAAAAAUCUCUCAAACUGGUCGGGAACUUGCUACGUCAUGCCAUUGCUCGGUGCUUUUCUAGCCGACGCGUAUCUCGGUCGAUACUGGACUAUUGCCGCCUUCUCCAUCAUCUACGUUUUCGGUAUGACACUUUUGACCCUAUCGGCUUCUGUCCCGGGUAUGAGGCCCGUUUGUCGCUCGAAAGACGAGUGUCGGGCGACGAGCAAGCAAACCGGGAUAUGCUACCUGGCGCUUUACCUUGUGGCGCUCGGGACAGGUGGCAUCAAGCCGUGCGUCUCGUCGUACGGUGCCGACCAGUUUGACGACACGGACGAGGCAGAGAAGAAGCGCAAGGCAUCCUUCUUCAACUGGUUCUACUUCUCGAUCAAUGUUGGGGCUUUGAUAGCCUCGUCUGUCUUGGUUUAUGUGCAGGAGAAUGUCGGUUGGGGUUGGGGUUUCGGAGUUCCUGCCGCGGCCAUGGCGAUUGCUGUGGGAUUCUUCUUCUCCGGCACACGGCUGUAUCGGUACCAGAAGCCCGGUGGAAGCCCGUUGACUCGGUUAUGCCAGGUGGUGGUAGCUUCGUUGAGAAAGUAUCGGGUCGAAGUGCCUGAUGACAAGUCACUUCUAUACGAGACGUCCGGCUCUCAGUCGAGCACGAUAAUCGGCAGCCGCAAGCUGGAUCGUACGGAUCAAUUUCGUUUCCUAGACAAAGCGGCAGUCGAGACGCAAUCCGACGUCAGCAAGGGUGCGCGUGCUAACCCGUGGCGUCUGUGCACGGUAACCCAGGUGGAGGAGCUAAAAGCCGUGGUGCGCCUGCUUCCAGUGUGGGCCACGGGGAUCGUGUUCAGCGCGGUGUACGGUCAGAUGGGCAACAUGUUUGUCCUGCAAGCCGAGUACAUGGACACGGGCCUCGGCAGCAAAGGGUUCAAAAUACCCGAGGCGUCCCUCAGCAUAUUCGACACCCUAAGCGUCAUCUUCUGGGUACCCGUGUACGACCGCCACAUCAUCCCCCUGGCCCGACGCUUCACAGGCCACCCGAGCGGGCUAUCGCAGCUCCAGCGCAUGGGGACGGGCCUUCUCAUCUCAGUUUUCGCGAUGGUCUCGGCAGGGGUUCUCGAGGCGGUCAGGCUCGGGAGGGGUGGGGCUGAGGCCCACGUGUCGGUUUUGUGGCAGGCGCCGCAGUAUUUCAUAAUAGGGUGUGCGGAAGUGUUCACGUUCGUGGGGCAGCUCGAGUUUUUCUACGAGCAGGCGCCGGACUCGAUGAGGAGCCUGUGCGCGGCGCUGUCGCUGACGACGACGGCACUCGGUAAUUAUCUGAGCUCAUUUCUGGUGACAGUGGUGACGUGGCUGAGCACGAGGGGGGGAGGGCCGGGGUGGAUACCGGACGAUCUGGACAGGGGGAAGUUGCACUACUUCUUUCUGCUGCUGGCUGGGUUGAGUGUGGUGAAUUUGGGGGCGUUUGUGGUGGUGGCAAAGAGGUACAGUUACAAGAGGGCUGUGGGGACAGUGGGGUAA